CGGAUUUAACCUUUGCGGGGACGGGGCGGGCGGCGGGCGGCGCCUGGGGCUCGGCGGCGCCGGGCCGGCUCCCGCCGCGGGGAUGAGCGCCUCGGCGGCCACCGGCGUGUUCGUGCUGUCCCUCACCGCCAUCCCCGUCACCUACCUCUUCAACUGCCUGGCGGCCAGCGGCAGUUCCUGGGUGAUUGUUGCAGUUGGAUUGCUGGUUCUGGUUCUUAUUGCUCUGUCAGCUCGUGUUCUUGUCAAGAGAAAGCCACCCAAAGACCCAUUGUUUUAUGUUUAUGCUGUAUUUGCCUUUACCAGUGUAGUGAAUCUAAUAAUUGGACUGGAACAGGAUGGAAUUAUUGAUGGAUUCAUGACUCAUUACUUGAGAGAGGGUGAGCCGUACCUGAACACCGCCUACGGCCACGUCAUCUGCUACUGGGACGGCUCCGCGCACUACCUGAUGUACCUGCUGAUGGUGGCAGCCAUCGCCUGGGAACAGAGCUACAGAACCAUUGGUCUCUACUGGCUGGGUUCCAUUAUCAUGAGCAUCAUUGUCUUUAUGCCUGGAAAUAUUGUGGGCAAAUAUGGAGCAAAAGUGUGUCCUGCUAUUUUCCUAAGUAUUCCUUAUAUCUGCCUCCCCAUAUGGGCUGGGUUCAGAAUUUAUAACCAACCUUCAGUGACUCACGACACUCCAGUCAAGGUGGUUCAGGAAGUCCAGAAGAAAGGACUCUUCAGAAGACCAAUAGAUUUAAUGUUAGCUGCUUAUCUCAUUCUAGCCACAGCAUUUUGCAUAUUUAGGGGCAUGAUUGCCCUGGACUGCCCUGCUGAGCUCUGCCGGCUGUACAUUCAACUGCACGAGCCCUACAUAAAAGAUCCUGCUGCCUACCCCAAGCUUCAGAUGCUGGCUUACAUGUUCUACUCAGUGCCAUACUAUGUGAUUGCUCUCUAUGGCCUGCUGGUGCCUGGCUGCUCCUGGAUGCCUGAUUUGACCCUUAUACAUGCUGGAGGACUAGCUCAGGCUCAAUUUUCCCAUAUUGGUGCUUCUCUUCAUGCUCGAACUCCUUACAUCUACAGAGUCCCUGAAGAAGCAAAAGAGUUUUUCCUGAUAUUGAACAUAAUGUACGGGAUUCUUCCCCAGCUGUUCGCCUACAGAUGUGUCAACAAGCCAGAGUUUUUUAUGAAACCAAAACAAGAAGAAAAAACAGAAUAGCAGAACAGUUUCCAGCUCCUGUCCUUGGCUAUGUAUAUAAUUGGGUUGGGGUGGAACUGAACUGCUCAAAUGGAACCCAAAUGAAGCGUGUAAGAUGUGUAAAAUUGCACAACUGUGUAGUCGCACGGUCUGCUUUGUUUAUCCUACUGAAAAAGGGAAAAUAAAGACGCUGCCUUUAGCACCACUUCUCAA